CAUGUGUUCCUCGGGAUAAACAGGAAAGAUACUUCAUUGAGUUUGCGAAAACCCACACUUGGGAUCCUUUGAUAACUGGGACUGUUCAAGCUCACUUCGAGACCAUCUGUCAAAAUCGGCUCAAAGACAUGGUUAGCACCGUGAGAACUACUAGACGCCAACCUAAAUGGAUUGGAACUACUCUAUGGACAACAAUGACAGAAUUCUGGGACACUGAAGAAGCACAACAAAGGAGCAAAACAUAUUCUGAUUGCCGUAUGUCUGACCGUAAUGGCCUCGGUCCUCAUGUCCACCUCUCAGGGCCAAAGUCGUAUCGACAGAUUCAAAACGAAAUGGAAGAGGAAUUGGGAAGAGAAGUACGUAUUGGUGAGGUUUUCAUCAAGGCACAUACAAAGCCUGAUGGGACAUAUGUUGAUCGGAAGGCAGAGAAGAUAGCAGAAACAUAUGAGAAGAAUGUGCAAGAGAGGUUGUCUCAGCUCCAGGAAGAUCCUUCUGCCAUCUCAGAUGGGGAGUCACGGCCCCGAGAGCUAACAACUGAAGAAUAUACAGAAAUCUUUCUUCAGUCCACUGAGAAGGAUUCAGGGAAGCAAGCAGGAGACACUUUAGCCUUUGUGGCUAUGCAAGAACAAUUGAAGGAAGCUCAACGGAAGAUAGAGGAGCAGGCUGCUAAUAUGUUGAGGCGUGAUGCAGAAAUGUUGAAGCGUGAUGCACAAAUUGCUCAACAAUCCGAAAUUAUUGCUGGGCAGAAGGAGAAGAUUGACGAGUUGGACUUGGUGGGGAAGUUUCUGCGGCAAUGUGAUCCACGGUUCAAGGAGUUCUUGACAGCCCAUUCAGCUAAAGAGACUACCACGACAGAGCCUCUUCAAGAAGAAGAUCCAACUUCAACUCCAUAG